AUGCUGAAACCACUCUGUGAGAUGACUCUGUGUCUGGCAGUAUACUACUCCAUCCAGGUGGCCAGCCCCAUACGCUCACCCUCCCACUCCAGUUCUCCUCCACACACUCCUGCUUCGCCUCUCUCUCCAUCUACUGCUUCUCCCAGCAGCAUCUACGCUCACUGCCGAAAGGAAGAAGUGAAACCACGGCGCCGUUUGCCAUUUGUGAGGGUUACCCUGGCAACGGCCAGCCUCCCCGGGAGAUGUCUGGUGGAUAAGACGGCCCCGAUAAAGCCUAUUAAGGUGCGGCGGCCUGCCGCUGGCCGGGCCGGUUGCGUGCUGACGGCAGCAGAGCGUUGGCCUCCUGCGGCCUGUUGCAAAGGCUCCACUGUGGCCGUGCCAAGCAUCCCUAUCUGCUGUAGCCGGCAGCCGCCCGCCGAACAAUGGGCAGCUCCGGCACACAGCUCUGCCUUUGUGGCCCCGAUCCUGCCCAGUGCUCUGGGCCUUUGUUGGCUGGUUGAAUGA